CGACUUAGGUCAAGGACAAACAUCACCUCUUACUCCUACUCCUCAAGUCUUCAUCAACUUCUUAUCAUAAUCUCCAUAACUUGGAAUCUAUAAAGCUAAAAAAUAUUUCCUUUACUAACAGCAAAAUAAGCAAAAUGCCGGUCAUAAAAUAAACUCGAAGGCAAUAGCUGACAACACUCUCCAAUGGCACCAAAGCCUCCGUUUCUCCCUCUUCUUCUCUUCUUCUUCGUCCUGCUCUUCCUUUCUCAGUCGAGAGCAGGAAUAGAAGAUAAGCAGAUUUUGCUUAAAAUCAGGAACGAAUGGGGCAAUCCUCCCUUCCUCAGCUCCUGGAACUCCUCCGGCGACUACUGCAACUGGGCGGGAAUCCAAUGCGCAGAAAGCGGCAAUGCCGUCUCCGGCAUCUCCAUUCCCAACAUAAAUCUUACCGGACCCAUCCCUUCCUCCAUCUGCAACCUCCAUGGUCUCACUUAUCUGGACCUCUCCUUCAACAACAUCCCCGGUCCCUUUCCCUCUGUUCUCUAUAACUGUUCUUCUCUCCAAUACCUGGACAUCUCGCAAAACCUCUUCGUCGGCGAGAUUCCCGCUGAUAUCGAUAGGAUGUCGCGAAACCUUACCGAUUUGAUUCUCUCUGCAAACAACUUUACCGGCGAUAUUCCUACAUCCAUUGCUCGGUUUCCGGCGAUCAAAAGACUCCAUCUUGAUUACAAUCUCUUCGACGGCAUCAUUACGCCGGAACUCUCGAAUCUUUCGACGCUUGAGUCGCUCUGGCUCGCAGUCAACCCUUUUACUCCGGGGAACAUUCCGGCGGAGUUCGGGAACUUGAUCAAUCUUAACUUUUUGUGGAUGGCGAAGAUGAAUUUGGCUGGCGAGAUUCCUGGAAGUCUCGGAAAGAUGGAGAAUUUGGAGCAUUUGGAUCUUUCUAUGAAUAUGCUCACCGGCGAGAUUCCAGUGCAGAUUUGGAUGCUGAAGAAGAUGAAAAAAUUGUACUUGUAUGGAAACAGUCUCACCGGAGAGAUCGAUAAAUCCAUUGCAGCUGAGGGAUUGGUGGAGAUCGAUGUUUCCACAAAUAAGCUCGCCGGAAGGAUACCGGAAGUGAUUGGCCAGCUCAGGAACCUUUCCGUCUUGUUCUUGUACUUCAACCAGUUCUCCGGGGAAAUUCCUACCAGCAUUGGCAAGCUACCUAAGCUCGCCGAUAUUCGUCUCUUUAACAAUAGGUUAUCAGGGAUUCUGCCGCCAGAGUUGGGUAGAUACUCAAAGUUAGAGAAUAUAGAGGUGGACGACAACAUGUUAUCCGGUGAAUUGCCGGAGCAUCUCUGCGACGGACAAGCACUGACUUCUCUAAUCCUGUCCAACAACAAGUUAAGCGGAAACAUUCCGGACUCUUUAGGCAGCUGCUAUACAUUGCUCAGUCUCCAAAUUCAAAACAAUGGCUUCUCAGGGGAAUUACCGGCAGGAAUUUGGUCCGCGCCGAAUCUCUCCGUUGUGAUUGGGCGACAAAAUUCACUCACCGGCACUCUCCCGGAUAAACUGCCGUGGAAUCUGACGCUAUUGGAUAUCAGAAAUGCUCAAUUCGUAGGAAAGGUGCCAUCUUUUGCCGGCAGGCUAAGAGUAUUCUAUGGAGAUGGCAACAGGUUUUCCGGCGAACUUCCGGCUAGCUUUUCUGAUAUCCCUUUCCUUGAAGUCCUCUCCCUGAGAAGCAAUCAGAUAACCGGCAAAAUCCCAGAAACAAUCGGCUCGUUAAAAUUCCUCAACCAGAUUAAUCUUAAAGGCAACCUCCUCUCCGGAAAAAUUCCAGAAUCCAUAGCCUCCUUGCCGGCACUCAAUUCUCUCGACCUUUCUGUUAACCAUCUCUGUGGCGACAUUCCUCCCAAUCUUGGCGGCCUCAAGCUCAAUUUCCUCAACCUGUCCUCUAAUUCCCUCACUGGCGAAAUCCCAAUUCUAUUACAGAAUCAAGCCUUUGAUCAAAGCUUCCUCUCAAAUCCAUCGCUUUGUGCCUCCCACUCCCUCACAAAACUCCCAACUUGCAGAGACCAAUCAAUGAACCGUAACAAAAUCUCUACUACUCUUCUCAUCCUCUUCCUCAGCCUCGGAUCCUUCUUCUUCUUCCUCAUUGCCGCCCUCUCUGCCUUCUUAUACAGAGAACACAACCUUUCAAAGAGCUCAAGUUACGACUCAUCGGCCUGGAAGCUCACUGCUUUCCAUGCCGUAAGCUUCAGCGAAUCAGCAAUCACCCGUGGGCUCACCACCGAUAACAUCAUCGGCAGUGGUGGCAGCGGUAUGGUCUACCGCGUCUCCCUCCGACGCGAAACGGUGGCGGUCAAGAAAGUAUGGAACUUUCGAAAGCUGGACACAAAGAUCGAAAAGGAGUUUGAGUCUGAAGUGGCAAUCCUUGGGUCCAUUCGCCACGCCAACAUUGUGAAGCUCCUUUGCUCAGUUUCUGGCCCCGAUUGCAAGCUACUAGUAUACGAAUACGUCGAAAACGGCAGCCUGGACAGCUGGCUACACCGCCGGCAGCGCAAUCACUCCCGACGGCCGCCGCUGAGCUGGCCAACGAGGCUGAAAAUCGCAGUUGGAGUGGCGAGGGGACUCUGCUACAUGCACAAUGACUGUUUUCCGGCGAUCAUCCACCGCGAUGUGAAGUCAAGCAACAUACUAAUCGACCUGGAAUUUCAGGCCAAAAUUGCUGAUUUUGGACUUGCUCAGAUUCUUGGAAAGGGAGGCGAGUCAGAGACGGCGUCGCACUUGGCGGGCUCGUUCGGAUAUAUGGCGCCGGAGUACGCGGCUGUGAGAAAAGUAAACGAGAAGGUGGACGUGUAUAGCUUCGGUGUAGUGUUGCUAGAACUAGCAACGGGGAGGGAGGCAGGGGAUGGUGGGGAAGAGGAUGAUGGGAACCUUGCGGAUUGGGCAUGGCGGCAAUAUAAGGAGAGAGCAGGGGAGGUGGGGAAGGCAGUGGAUGAGGAGGUGUUGGGUGGUUUGCCAGAGUUUAGGAAGGAGGCAGAGAUGGUGUUUAUGAUGGGGGUGAUGUGCACGGGGAAGGAGCCGAGUAGCAGGCCAACGAUGAAAGAGGUAUUGCAGGUGUUGAUCAAGUUGGAACGCCGCAGCUGCGGUGGUGGGGAGUCGAUGAAGUGGGCCAGAAAGUAGGCGAGCGGGAAGAAGAGCUUCUUGGUGCUUACAGAUGAGAGAGAAGGUACUAGGGUGGUUCCUCCGUUUGAGGUCAAGCAUGGUGAAGUCAUUUAGUCAUUACUAGGAUUUAAAGUAUUUUUUUGAAUUAUGUAUGGUAUAUUAAGUUA